UACAAAUGUUGAACGAACAUCAGCUUUAAAUUUAGAUGGUGAACAAGGUCGAACAAUAAAACAAAUUUCAAUAAAUGAUAAACGAGAUUUACGUGUACAAUUUUCAACAGUCUGA